GAUACAGUUCCUUCCUCUACUUCAACCCAUGUCCUUGAGUUCUUCCGUCCCACAUCAUGCACCGAGGGUUAUAAGUGUUCCCGAAGUAGGAAUUGAAGGUGACAAGGGACUCUAGAGCGCAUGGAGACAUCAGUGGACCAGACCAUGGAUAAGGUGUCCUACACACAGAGUAACCCACUGUUUGACUUGUCCCUCAGCACCACUGACCUCUACAGUUUCCAGCCCGAGGAUGUGAAGCGAGCGAGGCCCAGGAGACAGUGGUGUUUCAAUGUGGUCAUUGUUUACCUCAUUUUACAGACCGCUCUUAAUGCCUUUCUCAUUUAUAAAGUUUUCACUGUGGAAUCUUCAGUGUCAGAGCCCCAGCUGGAAAGGCUGAUGUCGAGACUCCCUCACACCUUCCAGACUCGACUCUACAACAACAGUCGAGACACGGAGACCCUCAGGGGCCUUCUGUGGGCCCUGAAGAGCCAGGUGAGCGGGCUGUGUGGAGAGCAGGGUCCGCUGGAGAGACUGCAGGCUGGGCUGAGCCUGCUCAACAGCAGCACACACACCCUGGAGCGCCACGUGAACACCAUCAGCCUCCAACCAGGAGCUCCUGGUUCUCCAGGUAGAGAGGGGCUUCAAGGACCUCAAGGUGUGCCAGGAGAGAGAGGCCUCAAAGGUGACAGUGGUGUUGCUGGCCCUCUAGGACCUAAGGGUGAAAUGGGACUCAAGGGCCAACCUGGAGAGCCUGGAGUUGAUGGUCAAAUUGGACCCAGGGGUUCAUCUGGGGUCCCAGGAGCCCCAGGGGAGCAAGGUCCAGGUGCAAAGGGAGAGAAAGGAGACCUGGGGGCCCAAGGUGUAAGAGGACCUCCAGGUUUCAAUGGAACUCAAGGCCCCCCCGGUUUCCCCGGUGCCAAAGGAGACAAGGGAGACCCAGGAAUAACACAAGAGAAGCUGGUGCGGCUGGUCCCGGGGCCAUCUCGAGGCCGGGUGGAGGUGCAGCAUAACGGGGUGUGGGGCACCGUGUGUGACGACAAAUUCGACACCGUGGAUGGGAAGGUGAUCUGUAAGAUGCUUGGCUUCCAGACCGCCUUCAGCACCUUCACUGCCAGCGGAGGGACCGGGAGGAUCUUGCUGGAUGAGCUGCAAUGUUUGGGAACAGAGUCAAACAUCUUUAACUGCCGUCACAGUGGAGUGGGUGUUAACAACUGCAAUCACAGCGAGGACGCCGGGCUGCUGUGUGUUUAGAGUCCACUCUGAAGAAUGUGUUUCAAAACCAUUCAUUGACAAUAUGCACAUGUCUCACUGGGGAUAUGAACAAUUAAUUGUGCUGCUACUAAUGAUGUCCACAGCUGGAUUUAAAUUCAUAUUAUUGAAACACAGCAUAUAAAAUGGCUUUUAGUUAAAUUGUCACUGCAUCACUUAACAAGUUCUGUCUGUAAAAUUGAUAAUGGCAUAAAAAUGUUCCUGGAAAAUA